GUAUAGAGAUGAUGCGGCGGGGAUCGGGAGGAUUAUCAUUAGCGUGGUUAUAGUAUAAUUUCAAGAUACUCGGUCAGAUAAGAACGUAAGAUCAGCAUGCAUUGGGAGUAUAACGUGAGAUAAAUGAAGUCAGAUAUAAAUAUACGCGCGUAUGCUCCGGACGUCUUUAUUCGCGCGUUCGUGAAACAUAAUGGCGGAUUAAAUUAAAACAUAGCGGCGGAGGUUAUCGCAAGAAAGCAGCAAGUCAGAAAGUUGAACGCGAGGAGAAGAAUUUCUCCCGGUACGCAAGUUUCAGUGGUGGAAAAAAAAAAAAUGCGGAAAAGGAAGCGCAAGUGGAGACUAAAAAAAGACUAGAGGAGACAGAGAGACCGAGAGACAAAGUAGGAGACGGAGAGCGUGGUAAAGAAGAGUGGGAGAGCGGAGGGAACACGGUUAUGUCCGCUUUUCCAUCCCGUUGGUGCACGGGGGCCGAAAGCAGCGCAGGAGGGCCGUUCAGUUUGCCUUCAGUCAUUUGGAAGGACGCGCGGACGAAGAAGAGACUUGCCAGCAGUUCACGCGUAUAGAAUAACCGUGCGCGAGAUACACAGUCGUACCUGUAGAAUCGGUUUCGUUCGUUUACCGAUACAAUCGUCGCGCGCUUGGUGCCGCGCGUAGGAGAAAGAGGAGAGACGAUGCGCGGAAACGGCGAAGCGACGGCGGUCCUUCUUCUUCUUCUUCUUCUGUUGGCGAUCACGAUCGACCGUUUGGGGGCGACCGGUGGCUCGAGGACGCCUGGCGCCAAGUUGGACGAUCGGUGCAGCAGGGACGCGGAAUGCCAGUCGAGGAUCGAGGGUAGUCACUGCGACCAUGGCCACUGCCGCUGUCUGCCAUACUUCGCCGCGUACAAUCGCACCUACUGCCUCGAGGCGACUCUGUUGGGCGAGGAGUGCCUGGUCGACGAGCAAUGCACCCUGAAAGUAGCCAACAGCGGCUGCUUGGACGGCUUGUGCGCAUGCGCGGACGGUUUCCUGCAGUUUCGUCGGCACACGUGUCUGGCCGCGGCGAAACUCGGCCAGAUCUGCUACGAGCACGCCCACUGCCGACUGUGGCAGCGGAAUUCUCACUGCGAUUUCUUGAUCCCAAAUUUGUUCGGACGUUGCCAAUGCACGGCGCCUAUGCGCCGCGAGAACGACGUUUGCCGACCGGACGACCUCGUCAGACCACCGCCGCUGUCGCACGGUGGUAACGACUUUUCCAAUGAAACGACAAUAAACGCGGCUACCUUGUCGUCCCGCCACGACGAGCAAACCGAAAAUUGGCGUCAGCAGCAGGAUCAGGAGGGAACUGGCGUUGCGAUCGAGUGGCUGAAAAAUGGUAGCGCGCAGUCGACGAUCCCGUCCUUCUCCCUCAACUCGAUCAGCAGCGAGUCGUCGAAUUCGCUCGGCGUGCAAAACGACAGGUUCCUGCCAACGAUGGAUCACGACGACAGAGACGACGCGAUCGUGGUCGAGGCGGUCACCGAACCAUCAACGGUGAUCAACAGCGAUAAUGGUAGCACGUGGAUGUCGGGUAAGACUGAUCGUGAAUUGGGUAUACGAUGAAAAUGAAGGAGGAAAACGUAAGGUGUACAUGUACGUAGGAGACGCAAGGUACUAAAGAGGGAAAAAGUUAGCCACAGAUGGCAAACCGGUGUUUGAGUAAAUGGCGGCACGGUAACGUCGUGUUACAAAUCCAAAGAAAUUAAAGGAUAAAUUGUUCGGUAGCGACCUUUCGCAAUUGAUACACGUACAUACGGCAAGGUGCAUUACUGUACGUGAACGAUGAAAAAUUGUCGACACUUAAUGAACCAGUGG